GCUGGGAUUUACAGAACUGGGUCUUGAGCAUGAAAAAACAAACCUACUCAUGCAGAUGAAAUUUGCAAUGCUCCAAGGGAAGAGAGACAGGAAAAGAGGAUGGGUGAGAGAGCAGCGGAUACACAGCACCAACAUACAGAAACUCCCUCCUCUUCAAUAUGCAAAGGACAUAGUGAAGACUGCAAACAGCAGGGUUUCAGCACAGCCUUCUAGAGAGACCAAAGCCCUCUGAAACCUUAGGAUUUUUAUUUUCUUUGCACUUCAUCAUUUACUCAUCUUUACCAAGAAUGGAAAACAUUAAGAAGACUUGAACCAGAAGACGUAGUUUGUUUGGAAAAGAAAGCUACCACUUUCCUGCUGCCCAAAAAAAAAAAGUCUGAAGGAAUAGAAAAAAAAGUCAGUAAGAGGUAACCAUGCAAGCAGAAGGAAACCAGCAGAGAAACCUUGUCCUGUUUGUGCUGACACUGUCAUUUACAUUGGAGGUUGAUAGGGUCUUGGGCUGUCAGAUUGGCACAGGAUCAGAGUGUGAGAAGGCUCCUUUUGUCCCAGGCCACAACCUGGCAGGGGAGGGUUUUGAUGUGGUGCGAAUGCAUCGAACAGGGGCAUACGUCAUCAAUGUCAAAGCUCAUCUGGAUGACAACCGCACCUGUACAUUGUGUCCAAACAGGUUCCAAAGUGGACAGAUUCAGAGGCUCCCAGCUGCAGUGCUGGACUGGCGUCUCUUUAGCCGCUGCAGUAAGCAGCUGUCUAGUGCACUCCACCACUCUGUGGACUCCCUGCUGCGUAGCUCCAACUCGCUGGUUAACAACAAUUGGGGUUUGGAUUUGAGCCUGGACAAAAUCGGCCAGGCGGUGCUAGGAGGAAGCCGCUCAGAUUUGGCCAAGUUUGCACGCUCGCAGCACAGUGCGGACAAAGCUACGUUUGCCAUUAAUGAAAUUAGUUGUUCCUAUUACAGCUACAGACUGGCCGAUCAUCCCCGGCUGAGCUCAGAAUUCACAAAGCAUCUAAGGAGACUCCCACAGAGUUUAAGCACAGCCCAGAACAAAGCCCUGUACAGACGUCUCAUAGACACCUAUGGAACACAUUACAUACACCAGGUGCAGCUUGGGGGUAAGGUAAGGCGAAUCACUGCUUUCAGGACUUGUUUGGCCACACUGAAGGGAUUCUCAGAGGUAAACAUCAAAAACUGCCUGAAUCUUGAACUCCGCAUGGCUCUGGGUUUUCUACCUGCCAAUGCAUCAUUCUCCAACAAAUGUGACAACCUUCUGAAGGGUAACAUGAACAUGGGCUUCUACCAGGGCUUCAUGACACAUAAGACUGAGGUGAUCGGAGGGGAGAAGUAUUUCCCUGACAUUCUUUACCAGCAAGAGCCCUCAGAGGCAUACCACAGCUGGAUAAACAGCCUCCACAACAACCCUGAUGUGAUUUCCUAUGGCAUCUUCCCUCUGCAUCAUUUGGUGGAGGACAAUCAGAUCAGUGAAAAUCUGAGAAGCAUGGUCAUAGAGUACUUAAAAGAAAACCAGCUGGAAGAUGAGCAGCUAGGCCUAAACAACUGCUCCCCAACUUCCAACUUGGACCAUAAUUGUUGUCCUUUACGUACUGGCAGAGGAACUCUGAAACUGGAAAUCCACAGAGCUGCUGGGCUGAGGGCAGACACCUUCACAAAAACAGACGCAUACGUGAAGAUCUUCUAUAGCAGCAUGUAUGAGGAGACUGACACCGUGAUGGACAACAACGACCCAGUCUGGAAUGCCACGUAUGAUUUUGGUUCAGUGGAGCUUGGUCAGGAGCUGAGGUUCGAAGUCUGGGAUAGGGAUGUGCUUUACAAUGACAGAGCAGGAAUAUGUAUCGUCGAUCCUGAGAGAGGAACCCAUUCUUUAAGAUGUCAGUUGCGCAAAGGAGUUCUCUAUUUUACCUACACCAUUAGCUGUGAUACACAUUUGACGGGGUUAAUGUGUGGACAAUACUCUCCGCAGGCUGAGUAAAUUAUAUCUUUCAUUUGU